UGAUGACAAUGAUAUUUGCGUUUUAUGACAUUCGCAUCGGAAUUAAGCCAACUGGAACAAUAACAACAACAACAAAAGCAGUCCAGAUAUUCUUGCGGAUGCGCUUGAAUUUUGAGCAAAAUGAAGCGAGAAAUACCGCGUCAGCAGUCACUGAUUGUUCCAGAAAUCCAGAAUCCUUUUGUGCACAAAAUACAGUUGGGUUAUUUGGAUAUGCUUCAAGUGGCCUUUAUGUCAGUUACUGUUGCACCACUGAGGCUGUUAUUAGUUGGUGUAUGUUUGUUAUUGGCCUGGCCACUAGCAGCUCUGGCAGUUGCUUUCAGGAAUGAAAAAGAGCAGAAAGAACCAUUGUCAGGGUGGAGAAACUAUAUUCUGCGACCAAUCAUUGUGUUCCUGAGUCGAUGUGUAUUUUUCGCGGGUGGGUUUUAUCAUGUCUGUGUAAAAGGCGUGAGAGCCCCAUCUUCAGAUGCAGCAGUCCUUGUUAUGGCACCGCACUCGUCUUAUUUUGAUGCACUGCCUGUAGUGGUCCUGAAUUUAACGUCAGUAGUAGCAAAGGCUGGGAUCGGAUGUGCACCCAUAUUCGGAACGUUACUUAAGUUCACACAACCAGUGUUAGUAAAACGUGAAGAUCCUAACUCUCGGCAGAACACAGUGAAGGAAAUACAGAGACGUGCACAAGAUGGAGGAUGGCCACAGAUAAUCAUCUUUCCAGAGGGAACUUGCACAAAUAGAACUUGCCUUAUAUCAUUUAAAUUAGGUGCUUUCCACCCUGGAGUUCCCGUUCAACCUGUCUGUCUGAAGUAUCCUAACAGAUUGGAUACAGUGACAUGGACGUGGGAGGGGCCAGGAAUAUUUACAAUGUUGUGGCUCACAUUAUGCCAGUUCAGUACCAGUUUAGAAAUAGAAUAUUUGCCAGUAUAUGUGCCGAAUGAGGAGGAAAAGGCAGACCCAAAGUUAUACGCUCAUAAUGUGCGGAAAGUAAUGGCCGAAGCAUUAAAAAUUCCUGUGACAGAUCAUACUUACGAUGAUUGUCGUCUGAUGAUGAAGGCUCGUAAACUAAAUCUACCAAUGGAAUCUGGUCUAGUAGAGUUCCAGAAACUACACAAGAAGUUAGGGAUCAAUUUAGAUCAGAUGCACAACAUGUUGGAGAAGUUUAGCAGUAUAGAUUUACAAGGCAAAGGUGGUAUAACAUUGUCCGAGUUUGCCAAAUACUUACAAGUUCCAGAAUCUCAGUCUCUUGAAGAGGUGUUUGCCAUGUAUGAUAGGGAUGACUCAGGGUCAAUAGAUUUCCGAGAGUAUGUGAUAGGUUUAUCUUUGAUCUCAGCACCAGCAAAUACAGAAAGUACGAUCUCCUUAGCAUUCCAGUUGUUCGACUCGAGUAAGCAGGGUUAUAUCAGUGAGGAUGACUUGUCUCAUAUACUGUACAACUCCUUUGCUAUGGUAGAUGUUGAUGUGGCGGAACUCUUCAAACAAAUUGAUGCUGAUGAAGAUGGGAAAAUAACCUAUGAAGAGUUUAAAGCCUUUGCAGAGAAGAAACCAGAAUAUGCACCAAUAUUUUUGGCCUACCAAGAACUAAGUAAAAGUAAUGUUAAUGAAAACGCAACCAUGGAAACCGUAAAGGAAGAAGAUGAGGACCACAUAAAGUCAGAAUAGGUCAAGGUCACUGGCUGAACUAUUUAUAGACAUAAUGAUCUUUUUAUGAAAACCUUUCUAGAGUAAGAUGGCGAGCAUUUAAUGUCAAAAUAGUUUCAAGGUAAAGGUCAGGCCCUUCCACAGAGUGUAGUAUUUAUAGGUUAUUAAUUUUGUUUCAUGAAAUAUGAAGAAAAUCUCCAUCAGAGAUACUGCACGUUUUUAGGAGCGCAAUCUACAAAAGAAGAGCAUGCUUCUCAACGCAUAGUUAAUAGUCUUUAAAUUGCAUUGGCAUGUGCUCUUAAUCUAUUUUAUGCUAAUCAGAUAAGUGUGUUCUUUAGCCUGAGUAAAAUUGAAAAUAUCAUGGUUAGUGUUUUUUAUGUGACAACCAUGAAAAUGACAUAAAUCAUGUGAUAUGAAAUUUGUUUGUUAAUAUGGUAAAGUAUUGUAAGCACAAAGAGAUUGAAGAUACCUAAGUAAUACAUAGUAGAAGUGACAUUUUCUGUUUGUUGCACCAGAUUAAAAAUUGAAAUUCUUACGGUCCAGUUCUAUUUAUAUUAAAAAAUUUAUCAUAAUUGAAAAUCAAUACAGUUUAACACGGUAUAAUAAAACUUUAAAAGCUUAAGCAGUUUUGGUAUUCCUUUUCGGUAUUUAAAACACUGGUGUGCUUUUAUUAGCGUGGAAGGGUCUGAUCAAGGUGAUUGGGGGAAUUAGUUUUAGAGUUAUUUUUGAAGCUGUAGAAUUUAGCUGAAUAACUUUCUUGAGCUUAAGAAUGUUUUAUAUUUUGUAAGUUUUAAGACAGUUGUUUUAAAGUGAUAUUGCUAUAUUUUCAUGUUUUUAUGUUGCUUUCAAAAAGUGAAGACAAUUUGUUCUUCAUUGCAGUAAAUGUUAUCUGCUAAAUAACCCAUAUAAAACAUGUGAAAUAGGAGAAUAUAUAUAUAUGUAUAUGUAAAUAUAGGUGGUGCUUCUGAAACUUGCUUUGGGGGGCACUUAAAGCCUUACAUUGUUACAUUUAGAUAGUACCGGUAGGACAAAAUUUACUUGGACAAAAUCUUUUGAAUAUUUUUACAUAAGCAGACAAAAAAAUCCUUUAUCAAUAAAAGUAGGAUGACUUAAUGAAUUAUCAAUUUGAAUAUAAAUAUUAUCAUUGACUUAAUAAAUUGCAAUUGAUAUUUCUCUCAUAUUGAACUAGGGCAUUUGUGGCAGAAGAUUCAUAAUAGCUUAUAAUGUUAAAAUCCUUUAAGGUGAGAAAGUUAGCCAGUCAGCUUCCCAAAUAUCAGUAGUUCUACUCCUGUGAAAGCUGAACUAUUUGAAGGGCCUACUCCAUCCAAAGUUGGUGGCCAUUUGACUUAAAUUGUGACCUGUUUGAAACACAAGGAACUGAAAACAACUUCUCAAACAACCUGCUAGAAAUUGAAAUAAUUUCACACAAAUAUUUCUUUGAUGACCCGUUGCCGGGAUCAUUCAAAUAAUUUCAAAUCAUUGAAAACAUGGCAGCCUGAAGGCACGGUCACUUUUCCCUAUACAUGUAUGCAUAUAGUAGGAACUUUAAACUAGAAAAAAUCUUCAAAGGCAGUCAUAAGGAACAAAUUAGUUGAAUGAAAUUUAGCAUUACUGGUAUAACAAUGAAUGUUCGAGGAUAUUGUCUGCCUAUGUAGAAAUGAGUAAUCGGUUUUUUUCUGUCCAAGAAGAAUUUUUUUUAGAAUAUUCUUGCUGAAUGUGAUGCUGAAAUGCUCAGUUUUAUUUCUUGCUCAGAGACUUGCAAGCCAUAUUCAUUGAGUAAUCUCAUAAUGUUAAUAUUCUAUUUGUUUACAAAGCAUUUAUAUAUAUAUGUUUAUUUUGAUGUAAUUUCUCUGUAGCGUGACAUGACUUGUUUGCAUGCAAUAAUUUUUGUUUACAGUUUUGUUGUUGUAGAAAAUGACUUUGAUUUUAUCCGAACAGUCAGGUUAUACAAGACUGAUAUUGGAGAGGUGCAAUUUUAAAAUAAGACCUUUUUAUAUGUCCCGCUUCUCAGAAGAGUGGUAUAUGGUUUUGCUCAUAGUUGGUUCAUCCAUUGGUAGAAAACCAUUCAGUUUCUUGUCAUUGGUAGACCAUUCAAUUUACACUCGGUAACUGGAGAAUGCUUGGGCCUACAAUGGUCAAACUUCAUAUGAUGAUUGUCUGUGAACAGUAGAUGACCUUUGUCUUUUAGGGUCAGUAGAUCAAAUGUCAAGGUCGAAUUGAACCUUAGAAUGAAACUGUUUCCAGUAAAGAAGUAAAAAUGCAUCAGACUUAGAAGUAUGGUUGCAUGUGGUUAGUAGAUGACCCCUAUUGUUUUUGGGGGUGGGAGCAGUAGUUCAAAGAGAAUGAAAAUGGUUUCUGUUCAAUAAGUAAAGGACCCUUUGGCAUUCUGCCUUCAGACUUCAUGGCAUGAUUGCCAGUGGUAAGUUGAUGACCCCUGUUAUUUUAUGGGUCAUUAUGUAAAGCAUAAAUGUCUAAAAAAGUUUCUGCCUGGUAUCUAAAGAACACUUGUUCUACUGCUUUUUAAUUUCAUAGAAUUAUCAUUCAGCAACAUUAGGGGCCAUUAGGUCAAAGGUCACAGUGACCUUGAAACUUAAAAUGGUUUUUGAUCACUAUAACCAUCAGAUUUCAUAUUAUGAUUGCCUGUGGUUAGGAGAUGAUGAGCCCCAUUGUUUUUAUGAGUCAGUACUUCCAGGGUCAUAGUCACAAUAGCCUUGAGAUUGAAAACAUUUCAUAAUCAGUUCGGCCUAUGACCUUUACACUUCUUAGGAUGAUUGCUUGCAACCAGUAGAUGACCCAUUGUUUUUGAGGUCAUAAGGUCAAGGUCACACCAUACAAUUUGACAGACCCGUUUGCCACCAACAGGCUAUCAUUAGGGGGCAUAUAUGUUUUACAAACAGCUUGUGUGUAUUUUAUUGAUAGAAGGCCCAUUGUAGGCAGGUCCUUUCUUAUUUAUUUGUAUAUACUUGCCAAUACUUUCCUGUCCCUUUUUCAGUCAAACAUGUUUUUAUAUAUAGAUCAUCAGUAAGUAGAGAAGGUUAUUUAUUAAAUUAAUAUAAAAAUAUUUUAAAAAAUCAUGCCCAUACUAUUAGUUACUGUUGAAUUUGUUUCCUGGUUAUGUUUAGCAGGUGAAGUGUAAUACUAAGUGAUGUUCUCAAAGUCUGAAAUACUGUAAAACCGGAAAUGCAUUUUUUUGUUUGUCUGUAUUAAGUAUAAGGAGAACUAUUAUACUCGCUCUUAUUUUCUGCUGUUUCAUUCUGGUGCCUGGUUAAAGUUUUGAUGCACUUCCAUUUUUGUCUCUAUUAUUUGGUGGAUUUGUGUCAAACAGUUGUUCCUCAUCAUCAUCCUCAUAACGUGACAAAGGGCCAUAUCUCUGCACCUAUAUUUUGUAAUUUAUUCCAUUUUGAUGCAAAUUCACUCUAUCUCCAUUAUUUUGACAUAGAUCUGAUUUACAUAUGACAUAUUAAUCACUCUAGUGAUAACUAGUUCUUUCAGAUAUGCCUUUUUUUCACUAUCCAGCAUCAAAAUAGUCGAGUAUGCUGUCUUCUCUGAUGCUCUUGUUCUUCAGCUACUGAUGUUGUAAAUAUGUGGAACACUUUGUAAUAACCAGAUUUAUAAUUUUGAAUGUGUCGUCAUUGGAUGAACAUGAGUUUAAAUAUAGUCAACCUGAUUUCAGAUUAUAGUAAACUCGAGUUCGGAUAUAAUAAACAAGAUUUUGGAUAUGGUAAAUGUUCAGACAAAAUAAAGCAUGCAGUUUAUUUUAUAUCGCCAUAGGAGAAGUUACAGAGUAGCAGAAGUGUAGUGGUCAUGAAUAAUUAUUUAUCAGUAGUAAAAAUAUACCAGGUCUAAAUUUGACAGACCUAUAGAUGGAGAAUGACAAUAGACGUAGGCAUGUUUAACUGAAACUUGUUUGAAAUAUUUUAUUCUUUUUAUAGUUAUUUCUGAAUGUAUUUGUAAUUGUAUGUAUCAUUGUAUAGAAAGAAAAAGUCUGUUAUCCAUUCAUCCACAGUAAUUAUUAAGCCUAUCACCAAAUGAAUAAAUCGAUGCAUCACAACUAUUUAAGGGGGAUGGGGAGGUAAUACAGGAACACUAUUUGAACAAAGUUUCAGUGAAAUCUGUAAAAUAUAGCAGUCACAAAAUUUAGUUAAAAAUUUGGUGAAAAGACUGCCCGAGAAUGAUUUUGAACUGCCCUAGAAUAACUUAACUGCCUUAGUAUGACUGAAUGGAGCCAGAAUAACUUUGAACUGACAGAAUGGCGCCAGAAUAACUUUGAACUGACUGAAUGGAGCCAGAAUAACUUUGAACUGACUGAAUGGAGCCAGAAUAACUUUGAACUGACUGAAUGGCGCCAGAAUAACUUUGAACUGACUGAAUGGCGCCAGAAUAACUUUGAACUGACAGAAUGGCGCCAGAAUAACUGAACUGGCUGAAUGGCACCAGAAUAGCCUUGUACUGACUGAACGGCGCCAGAAUAACUUUGAACUGACUGAACGGCGCCAGAAUAGCUUUGAACUGACUGAAUAGCGCCAGAAUAACUUCACACUGACUGAAUGGCGCCAGAAUAACUUUGAACUGACUGAAUGGCGCCAGAAUAACUUUGAACUGACUGAAUGGCACCAGAAUAACUUUGAACUGAACUGACUGAAUGGCGCCAGAAUAACUUUGAACUGACUGAAUGGCGCCAGAAUAACUUUGAACUACCUUAGUAAAACUUUUAACUGUCCGAGAUUGACUUUAAAAUGUCUAAUUGUAUCUUAAUAUUUUUAUCUUUUAUGUUGUUUUAAUUUAUAUUGUCACGCUGUUAAAUUUGCACACAUUUCAAGAUUCCACCUAAACCAUAUUGACUCCGAUGUAUGUAUUACAUAAGAUCCAUAUUAUUUUUAUCAACUUGAUAAUAAAAUAAAUAUAAUGGGGAAAAA